ACUGUCACUGGGUUGAUUGUGAGGGAACUGCCGUUUUCUAUGCCUAUUCGUUGUAGCUACACAAAGUUUCAUCACUCUUAUCAGGUUGUAUUCAUACCCAAGAUAGUAGGUGGAAUCUUGUACAGGGGCCUACAAACUCUUGCAGGGCUCUCAGUCAUGGCAAUGGAUGCAUCUUGGAACUUGCUUGUUGUUGGCCAGAGUUUUGCAAACAAAAAACCAAAAUGCCUCAAACAAAAAGGCCCCGGCAGUGAGGCAGGCAAACGGCUGUACCUGAACAGUUGUUUUGUCACUUCCUCUCCCAACCCUCAGUCAGUGAUGAAGUAUUCUGUGGUUGAGAAUUAUUUCAACAAAUUUUUAGUAGUGUUUAUGCAUUGUGUGUUGGCCUUUGGACCAAAGACUCCUAUGUCAAGUGCCAAGUCAUGCACGUAUACACAAAAUCCAAGAAGUGAGUACACUAAGCUAUAUGGUGAUUCAGUCUACAACUGUUGUGCUUCUACACACCCUGGUCCUCCAGUUGCAUCUGGUAAGACAAUGAUCACCAGUGAGUCUUGGAAUUUGACGAUGGGCCCAGAAACCUCAUCACAUCUUUCACCAGAAGAGUCUAUGCCUGAAUUUUCUUCAGCUGGCCAUGAUGACUUUGAGCUGUUCUGGGAAUCAGAUGAUGAUUACUAG